AGCCCCCUCCCUUAUGCAACACCUGGGAUGCAUACUAUAUUCAGCUGCUCGCAAGGCUGACUGGACAUUGUUGGCGGUGAGAGAGAGAGCGAUGGAAGGCCUUGUGUGGCAUGAGCGGGGUCGCCUUGCGUCACAGGCAUCCUCGCGGAAGGUCCAUACUUAACUUAUCUCACCCCGUCGCUGAUGCUUCGCUACUCGAAGAGCAUGGCUAGGAUUAACUCCUGAAUGGUUCCUGAUCGUUAUGAGUACUCUCUCGCCUGAACAGCGACAGGCGCUCCUCGAAGGCCCAGCUGGCCCUCCUCCUCCCGGACAAGCCUCCAACCUGGUCGAUCCUCCAAACCUGCUUGUAGCCGGGCAUUCGGUCCUCCUCCUCUUCUGGACCCUGGCAUCUGUCGCGGUUGUCCUUCGCGUAUACACCAAGGUCUUUUUGAUCGGCCUGAUGAGGCUGUCCGACUAUACGAUGCUGCUAGCCUGGGCACUCUUCAUGGGAUAUUUUGGACCCGCCUGGGGACUGAGUGCUGCUGCUCCCGGCGUAGACCAGUGGAACCUUCGCUUGAAGGACUAUAUCUCGAUGCUUUACUAUUUUCAUGUCAAUUCCAUCCUGUAUGGAAUAUGCAUCUUCUUCAUCAAGCUCUCGAUAUUUCUGCAGCUCCUGGAGAUAUUCGGACAGACCCGAGACUACGUUUACUGGAGUUGCCAUUGCUGUAUAUGGGCCAACUUCGUCUUCUAUUUCAUCAGCACUUUUAUCGAGAUCUUCUCCUGCCGUCCACUGUCGAAGGCCUGGGAUGUUCUAAUCACUGAAGGAUCGUGCUUGGACAUGGAUUUGUUGAAUGUCCUUGCGGGCGUCGUCAACUGCAUAUCGGACUUGACCAUUGUCAUCUUACCACAGACCCGCAUUUGGCGGUUGCAUGUGGCCCUCGACAGACGGAUCGCUGUCGGGACCGUGUUUCUAUUCGGUGUGACGGCUUGUGUUUCGGCCGUGGUAAGGGUGGUAUAUACUGUGCUCCUUCUCAACGCCACGAACAACAUUUCCUAUUAUAGCUAUCUGGCCGGUAUAUGGACUCUACCAGAGCUCGCAUGUGGCAUCAUUGCUGGGUGCUUGCCCUCAAUGCCAAAGUUCUUGCGGAGCCUGCGGCAGAGCUCCAUCGUAUCGAAAUGGAGGUGCUGGCUGCAGAAGUUGUUAUCGACUGUGGUGCGACAACAGCAAACUACGAGUGUAGAGGCUUCUGUUUGGCCGGUACACCCCAAAGACCAUCCAGAACCAUAUCCAUUGACGUCCGUUGGGAGUUGGACCUCGACAGAGCGAGAAUCGACAUCAUCGGCGACACUGACUAGCCCCGAAUGCGUUUGAUGCCAAGCUAAACUCAGAUCCCGUCCAGCCGGACUGACGACCGGGACAGAAUUGACUACGAUACGGGUUCAUUUCCCCACAGAGUUAAAAUUCUUAUACCGACUCUACCAAGUGCUUCAGCGUUCAAUCGGCGAUGGAGGCCACAAGUCUGAUCAUUUCUCCUCUAAACCGAAUACGCUUGCUGUGUAGGAAGUCUAGAUGGCUGAAGGACUUGCAAAUAGGAAACUACGAUGGCAGCAACAGCGUAACAUCUCUGUGCUUUGUCAGUCGUAUCAGACGCUUGCAUCAGGUCUUGCUCGGUGCAAGAGACAUAAUUAGUUUGUCGUUUUUAAGGAACAUUUCCAGCUUGAAGAUUGAGUCUGAGACUGAUUUAUCAUUGGCUUACUAGAAAAUACCUUGUGGCAUGAUAGCCCGUAUG